CCGUGCCUCUAUGGUGCGGGCCCCGCGGGCGGCUGCUCCUGCCAACGCGCCGCGUCUCUAUGGGCACUGCUCAUGAAAGCCAGCGAGGAGAGACUGACCUGCGGCCGGCUGUGCUCUGCUGGGUUGCAGCGAUGGGCCCUGACGCCGAGAGGGCCUGCGCCCUGCUCCCUGCGGACGCUGUGGUGUGCGGCGUCGGUCUGGCGCUGUUCUGCCUCGUCGCAGACAGGCUGCUGCAGCUCCCCGUAAUUCAGCGUCACGACUGGCUCCGUGCCCUCUCAGACAGUGCGGUGCACGGCGUAAUCGGGAUGUGGUCGUGGGCCGGAGUCGCGGGAGUCCGGAAGAAGGCUGACCUCGCGGAAGCAAUCUUAGCUGGCUGUUUGGCCUCAGUUAUCGAUGUGGACCACUUUUUUCUCGCUAGAUCCUUGUCUUUAAAGGCUGCUCUGACUCUUCCACGCAGACCCUUCCUGCACUGUUCGACUGUGAUACCGAUCGUGGCCCUGGCCCUGAAGUUCCUGGUGCACCUUCUUAAGCUCAGAGACUCGUGGUGCCGUCUUCCCUGGAUGGUAUUUGUGUCUUGGACCUCACACCAUAUUCGAGAUGGAAUUCGCCAUGGCUUGUGGCUGUGCCCCUUUGGAAAGACUUCUCCUGUGCCCUUCUGGCUUUAUGUGAUAGCCACGUCAUCUCUCCCUUCUAUCUGCUCAUUCAUGAUGGCUCUAGCAGGGACCAGACAAAGGCCAUCUUCAAAACAUGGCAUUCCUAUGGACGUCUGAAGGGACUGUGCUCUCAGAGGGACACAUGCUUCAAAGGGUUGAAGCACUAAAGCAGGUUUUUAAAAUCAAAGUUACUUAUAUUUCUUACUUUUUAUAAUUCCUGAUUCUUCUUGGCUCAGAGAACAAGUAUAAUGUUUAUUAUUUGUUUAUUUAAGUUGUAGAAGAAAGGGCCAAUGAGAUAGCUCAGUGAACUUAAGCACU